AUGUUUGUACUCAGUACUGCACGUUGCACUGAAACCAGGGCAAAUAAACCGACAAACCACCGCAGAGCUGAACCUGACCUGACCACGUCUCCUCGUCUUCUCUCUUCUCUUCUCUUCUCUUCUCUCCUCUCGCCCCUCUCCACCCCACGUACGCGUCCGUCAUAUAAUGCGAAUGCUCCAUCCCCGUCGCGUACGCCUAUGAUAACGCUUCAAUCGAUUACGGACGCCGUCGGUUUGGGAUCAGCCCGCUAUGGCGGAUUCCAGUGGUCGGUCGCGCUGGGGUGGAUAGGCCUGGUUUGGUACUCUACGGUGACGACUGUUUGUGCUUUGGGAUAUUACAAAUUAUGGAAGCACUGUCUUAGACGCCCUCAGAGUUCCUACUGCGCCACCGCUCAAAACGCUCCCCACGUCACUGUUAUUCGACCGGUCAAAGGCCUCGAGCCGCACCUGUACGACUGCCUAGCCUCAAGCUUUCGGCAAGAAUACCCCCGUGGCAAACUUACUGUGUGUCUCUGUGUGUCGUCUCGGAGCGAUCCUGCCUACGCGACUUUGGAGAAACUGGUCGCCGACUUCCCCCAUGUCGAUGCACGUAUUUACGUGGAGGAAGAGGAUCCGCUCCUCCAGCCUGACCAUAAACCCAUGUAUAACCUCGGUCCGAAUCCCAAGAUCCGAAACAUGAGUCGCGCGUAUAGAGAGGCGAAGGGUGAUAUCGUUUGGAUUGCAGACUGCAAUGUCUGGGUUGGGAAGGGAGUCUGCGGGCGCAUGGUGGACAAGUUGUGCGGGCUCGGUUCAGGCUCCAGCACAGAAUAUAAAUUCGUGCAUCAUCUGCCAGUUGCUGUGGAUGUUACCGGGGUUAUUGGCGUAGACGAGCGGCGUGCGCUGGAAACAAGCGGCGCUGCCAGAGUGAAGGACGGAAAGAGCGCCUGCGCGCCUGGUGUUUUGGCCAUGGGAGGUGGCCGGCUAGAAGAAUUGUUUCUCUCGUCAUCACAUGCCAAAAUGUAUACUGCUAUCAACACGGUUCUUAUCGCCCCGUGCAUCGUGGGCAAAUCAAAUAUGUUCCGACGCUCUCAUCUUGACUACCUUACCACGACUGCCAGCUGCCAAUUCAACCCAGGCAUCGAUUAUUUCUCGGACAAUAUCUGCGAAGACCACCUGAUUGGCGAUCUACUGUGGAAGAACAGAGUCCGUGAGGAGAAAGAGGACGGUAAGCACCUGGGCAAGCAUGCGCUGGUCUUUGGAGAUCUCGCUUUCCAGCCCAUCGCAAAUAUGAGCGUACAAUCUUACAUAGCACGCCGGGUACGGUGGCUGCGUGUCAGGAAAUUCAUCGUCAUGCUGGCAACCCUAGUGGAGCCCGGCACAGAGUCAAUACUCUGUUCGCUAUACGGAGCAUGGGGCGUCACCACUGUUUUGGCGGAGUACUUCCAGAACAAGAUUCUCUCCACAUGGACGACAUUUUUCACCUUCUUCGGCUUUUCCAUCCUAACAUGGUGCCUCAUUGACUGGACCGUCUAUAUCAUGCUGCACUCCGGCAAAACCGUCGAACGCGACGAGAAUACCCCAUCAUUCGCGCGUCCGCCUCAGGGUACAACUAGGCGGCGCUUUUCACACUGGCUGGCUGCCUGGCUUGGAAGAGAGAUACUUGCCUUUCCGAUUUGGUUCUGGGCUAUCUGGGGCGGUAUGACUGUUACCUGGAGGGAUCGGCAGUUCCGAAUUGGACUUGAUACGAAGGCACAUGAAAUUGGGGGAAAUAGCCGUGCUGGACUGCUAGAAGAGCAAGCGUCUGGUAGGGAGAACGAGAACGAGGCUACCUCACUUAUAACCACUGCUGUUAAACGACAGACACGGGGGAAUCGGUGA